UACUACGGUCUAUGCUUGUCGCCUUGUCGUCAUUGUCCAUCGUGAUGCAUGCUCCUGCAUGGCUUGUGAUGAUCCAACACUCAUCCAGAGUUCCAGACUCUCAAUACUGCAUCCCGUGUGGGUUGGCUUCGAUCGGGGAUGCUGACAUUACGGUUUACGGCUGAUGGUCUCCCUCCUCUCAGUCAAUCCCGUUCCGACAUGUCCACGAGCUGCUGGAUUCCAAAUUGCUCACCGUUUUUGCUCGGUGCCCUAUCUUCAGACAUUAGCGUCUUUAAUGAGGGGCUUUUGCCCUGACAACGGUGCCUCCUCCAACUCUCCGUUGUCCGCCCACCCUCCGAGAUGGUGGCUGGCUUGGGGUGCUGUGGCUUACUGGCCUACUGCUAGCCUACUGGCCUACUGGCCUAGCCUUCUUCUCCCCCUGCUUACGGCGUCCACUGCGUGGGCUAGAGAAAAAAAAUAACACGGACGGGAAGGCCCAUCUGUGACCCGCACAAAGUCGGAACUAAUGCUUUCCUAGUUAGCAAUCCCCCGUUGCCUGAAAU